ACACCUUGCAACCUUCUCUUGUCUCUUGCUUUUUUGGCAUCUUCGCCGCCUGUUCUUUUUCCACAGACACCAUUUCACUCCUUUCAACCCCUCAAAGCUUGUUGAGCCUGCUGAGCACUACCUCACUUUCAUUCCUUCGAACAACAUCUACCAGACAAGUCCCUCCUUCGUGACUCGUUUGCCACCUUCAACCUUCAUUCAACCUCAACUCGUCAUCUCGGACCACAAGUCUACAGAGGUGGCCGGUCUUCCAUUCAUUUGAGGUGCUCAUCCGGUAUCAGCACUCAACAGCAGCCAGCUCAGCUAUAACGACAACAUUUACCCCAACCUUUGCGUAUCACCUUGUUCAAGCCUCCAAACAACACACCCAUUCGCCACCAUGAAGUACUCAGCUGCUGCUCUCGCGGCCGUCUUCGGCACAGCCGCCGCCUCUCACCCGGGUGCCUUUGCCGUCCUUCGAUUCAACGGAAAGGAAAUUGUACAAGGCCGUAUCGAUCCCAUCGUCUCUCCUAAAGCUGUAGCCCAGCACGUCCAUGGCGCAGUCGGCGGCAACAACUUUGCCAUGGACUCCACUGGCGAGUCUCUGGCCAAGUCCGAGUGCACCAGCGCCAAGGCUCUUGACGACAAGAGCGCCUACUGGUUCCCCUGGCUCUACUUCCACGACGAAGCCAAAGAUACUUUCGAACCCGUUGACAUCAACUAUGUCAACGUUUACUACUUCUUCGACAAGACCGAUGACGAUAUCAAGGCCUUCCCUCAGGGCCUUCAGAUCGUCGGCGGCGACCCCGGCACCCGUGUCGCUCCUCAGACGAAUGGAAAGCUCAACCUUGAUCCCAGCAGGGGUCCCAUUCAAUCUGCCAUGUGGACCUGCCCUCAAGACUGCCCUGAGGGUUGGAUCCACGUCCCUCACAUGUUCUACGAAAUCUACUGGGACACUCCCAAGUUUGCCGAUCGCUGGACCGGAGGCCAGGGCUCGCAGCCCUUUGUUCUCUCCAACGGUGAUGUGACUGGUUUCAGCUCCCACGCCGACUUCCUCGCCGCCUGGGACGAGGAUGUCCUCCAAAACGUCAUCGACAACUGCAAUGCCGGUCACGCAGGUCUUCACUCUUGCCCCGGCGUCAAGGUUAACGACAACAACGGCUGCAAGGGUGUCACCACCGUCGAUGAGAUCGUCACUGGCGUCCUUAGUGUCCUUCCUGGUGAUCGUCCCCUUGAGGGCUGGACCUAUGGAACCAAGAACGGUGACGGCACUGGCUACAAUGCUCCCAAGCCCGAUUCUGGUGCCAAGCCUACCACCGCCGCUGCCACGUCCCCCAAGACUGAGCCCACGCCCGAGGCUGCUGCUACCGAUCUGCCUUACCAGCACGUUCCCGAGGCCGAGGUCAAGGAGGAGGUCGCUCCCACGCCUGUAUUCUCGUCCGUUCCCGAGGUCGGCGCUGAGAAGCCUGUCGAGACACCUGAGCCCACGCCCGCCCCGGUGCCCGAAGCCCCUGUCGAGGACGUGAAGCCAGUGUCCUCUUCGUCUUGCUCCAAGACCACCAGGACUGUCUGGGAGACCGUCACCGUGGUGGCCACGGCUACCGAGGUCAUCAACAACGAGCCUACGCCCCAGCCCGUUUACGGCGAGCAGAAGCGCCGUCACGUGCACAACCAUGUCUACCGCCACCGCAGCCUGCGCCACUAG